ACGAUGUAAACAAUCUCAGCUGUCAGUUAAAACUUUUCGCAACAAAAAAUUGCAUUUCUUUCUUCCAGUGGUUCUCUCACGACUGUUGCUUGCAUUUCGAAACGGUGCAAAAAAAAAGGAAAAGGCACUCACAGCGCGUGCAGAAAAACCUGAAACAAUUGAAUUUAGGAAUCGUUCCUUGCGAAGGCGUAUCCGCACGGAACAGUGGUAAAUUUGUCAGUCAUGGUUUCUUCUGCGCUUAUCUGGAGGAACCAAUGAAAAGCAGCAGAAUGUGUAAUGCAUCGGUACGGGUCCGAUAAAUGAAAGUGAAAACUACCCACUCAGCAAACCCGGAAGCAGUGUACAGUCAUCGUGUUUCGAACAGAUAACGCAUUUACAACUAGCAGUUAAGCAAUACUCUCGAACAAUGCAAAACCAGAAACCGGUACUGCACAUACUGGUGGUGGGAUUUCAUCACAAGAAAGGAUGUCAGGUCGAAUUCUCCUAUCCACCGCUGGUCGAUGGUACAGAAGGUAAAAGCGAAUGCCCCUCCGGUUGGAAGUAUUUGCCCACGCUUGCCCUGCCGGAUGGAUCACACAACUUUAGCAAUGAUUUCGUAUGCUUCAAUCUGCCCAGCCUAACCGAUCCGGAGCAAUCGGUGUACGGUAUCUCGUGCUACCGGCAAAUAGCGCUGGAGGAAGUUAAGAUACGUACGGCGGAUCUGACGCGCAGCACGGUGCAGAAAUCGGUCUGCACCCUACUGUCGCUGCCCAUCUACGGUUACGUCGAGGUAAAGCUGUCCCUGAUCGCGCAAGCAUUCUUCGAACAGGGUGACUUUUCAUCCACCGACAUACUGGUGAAGGCAUACGAGCAGCUAAACGCUUGCCUAACGUCGCUCGAACCACAGGAAAUAGCAUCGACACGGUUACAUUUUGUCGGUGUACCGUUGCGCGAUCUGUUGCUAAAAUGGCGGCAUAAGAUUUUAAUUCUCUUCAAGCUACUUUUACUGCAGAAGCGUGUCGUUUGCUUCGGUUCGCCAGUACAUCCAACGUGUGCUCUCAUCCUUGGCAUUACCUCACUGCAUCCGGAAUUAAUCAGCAAAGGCUUUCAACAGGUGGCCUGCGUUAAAACUUCACGACCCAUGUCACCCAUGCCUACCUUUAGCACACCCGUUGAGGAGCAGGCUGGCGUUGACAAUGUGUCACCAUUCACAGCAAACGCCCUGCCAACCAUUCUAACAGAGCAGGAAAGAGAUGAACAGCAGGAACCAAUAGUUACCGGCCGGGAAGCGGACGAACUGAUCGAUGGGGAUGGAAGAAGUAUUGCGAGUGCUAAGGAGGCUCACCUAGACGAAACGGCUUCCUCCAGUCCUUCAUCCGCCUCAUCGAUGGAAGCACCCAUUGCCGGCACCGGGAAUGCACGACCAACAGCCGGUACGAUGCUAAUGCGUGACACAAGCGUCGACACGAUAGCGUCCAACUUCUCUAGUCUGUACGCGAUCGAGCCAUCCGAGUGGGGUGCUCCGUUGCGCAUUUUUCACGAAGGACAGCUGUGUCUGCCGUACAUCUCACUUCCUUAUAUGGAUCUGCUAACGGACCCAUCCGUCAAGGGGUAUAUUAUCGGGGCGUCGAACGUGCUGUUUCAGCACAAGCGCCAGCUGGCGGACGUAAUGAUCGAUGUCGAGGCGGCCAUCAUUGAUGUGCUGGAUGUAGACACGAAGCGGGAAAUUCAGCUCAGUACGGAAGAUUUGCGCUUCGUCGACUUUGUCGUGCGCCAUGUGCAAACACCGAAAGAGGAUGCGGAAGGUAGCGAAGCAUGGAUACGGGAUCAACUGUACGGGUAUAUGGUGGCGCUGCUAAAGACUUCCCUUAACGCAGAUGGUAGUAAAGAGAUUGAACACUUCAAUGUACACUUCAUGAAUGCGUUUAAAGUGACCCGCUGCUAUGAUGAUUGGCUCGAGCGUACCGGUGGCGGUGCGGUGCCGGCUUUCGAAGGGCUUGUCGGUGGUCAUCCGUUUGCCGGCACGCUCUCGGUGGCCGAUAUGAAGCUACGAAUAGCACAAACGAUGCAAAACAGCGAAAGUGGACGAAAGUUAAAUCAGGCCGUCACCAACACAAGUCGAGCGGUGGGUGGUGCACUUACGACCGCGAAGGGUGCCUUUUCCAGCUGGUGGACAUCAUUCACCGCACCACCGCAAGGUGGACAACUGGCAGAGGCAGCAGAGCAACAGCAAGACACCUUACCAACACCCGACCACGAUGAUGAGAUCCAGCCUCAGGACCGCAAAGAUACCAUCGACCUAACCGCCCGUACCAACUCAGCCGAAUCGAUGCUACCGGAAGCGACAACACCGGAGGUGAAACACGUCAUACAGACGGCCGAACUGUCGUCCCAUCCCGCCAGCAACAGCGUGGUCGAAAUUGGCCGGGAAGCGGAACUCCUCGACAGGGGGACGCCGGUACCAGUCACCGAUCACACCAACAUUCCCCGGCGCCUUACAUGAGCAGCACGCAACGACUAAUCCAUCGGACGACAUCCGCUAAGACGCUACACUAAAGUAACAGGACUCGAACAGAUCUUACUAUUAGGCACCCGUUUUUUGUUUGUUUGUUUUUGUUUGGCAAAAGAGGGAAAAAAUCCUACCAUUCACGAUCUCAAUGCCGGAAUGGAUAAGACUUUAUGUUGUAUGUUUUCGUGACGUUCCUUCCCCCAGCAAUACGGCAAACCAAACCUUUUCCAUUUUUGUGUCGCACCGUUCGGCCGGCUAACACUUUUCUGGCUUUUCUCCCUGAUGUGUUCUUAUUGCUGCUAAUAACACAAAAAAAACCCCACACGUACUCACACAUCUAUUGUUUAUGCACCACAUACAUAGAGUUUUGCAUUAAUACUAUUGGACAGAGAGGGAGGAACAGCAGCACAAUCAUGUUUGAAUAUUUAAAAAGGUAUUGUACACAGCCAUGAACCACGUUAGCAAGCGGAGCCGCGGUACAUUUGCAAUACACAAGGUGCCAUGGUUUAAACAAAAAAAAAGAAGCAAACUAAAUUAAAUCAGUCACGGAGACGGCUCCGCUCACCGACCGGGGAAUGCUAUUUAGUGUGGAGUUAUAAACCCCAAACAGUCAUACGGAAUAGAAAUAGUAUACUGCGCACAAUCUUGCCGACAAGUAUGGACUGGUAAAUGCUCUACUAAAGAAAGGAAAAAAACAAAUGUAUCGUUUGCCGCAAACUUACUUAGCAGGACGAAACGGGACGAAUCGCCUAAACGAGCGUACUCUAGAUUGCACCCAUUGGGUUUCAUAUAACAGAAUGCUUUAACCAAGGAAAGCGUAUCUUAUAUAAUAAACUGUAUUGCGCCAAUGUGA